AUGCUGUUCCCAUCUCUCGCCAUGCUCGCUGCGGCGAGCAGCUUGCUGUCAUUCGCGACGGCGCACAAUAUCCAAAUGAAGGCCCACCAGCGCGAAUGCUUCCACGAGUCCCUCCACAAGGACGACAAGAUGACAGUCACGUUCCAAGUCGGCGACCGGGAGUUUGGCGGCAGCGGAAACUUGGAGAUUGAUUUCUGGAUCGAGACGCCCUCUCGAAGCUACCAAGUCCACGAACGCGGCGUAUCCUCCGGCGACCACUCCUUCGACGCCAAAGAAGACGGCAAAUACACGUACUGCUUCAACAACGAGCACUGGGGCGCGAACACGAAGGAGGUCUCGUUCAACGUGCACGGCAUUGUCUACGUCCCUGAAUCGGAGGCCCCCCAAGACCCAUUGGAGAAGGAGGUGCGGACAAUGUCGGAACUCGUCUCCCAGGUCAAGGACGAGCAGAGCUACAUCAUCGUGCGCGAGCGCGUACACAGGAAUACUGCUGAGAGCACGAACGCGCGCAUCAAGUGGUGGAGCAUCUUCCAGUUGAUGGUACUCAUCGGCCAGGGGUUCUUCCAGGUGUGGUGGCUCAAACGGUUCUUCGAGAAAGCGCCCUCUAUCCAGCAUUGGCCAACUCACAACCUUAGCAUGGUAGAUGCACAGAGCAAGAAGAAGCAGGACGAGUACAAAAGAAAGGGCGAGGUAGCGAGGAGAAAGACAAUUUCCGCUCAAGACUCAGCGCCGCAGUACCAACUGAUCAGAGAGCCUACAUCGAUGCCUCGCAAACGCAAGGCUUCAAUUAUUGACGACUUGACAACUACACCUGCACCACCUCCUCGCUUUAGACGUCUUCUUCCGGGUUCACCCAAACCAAAGCAUGGGCAGCAACAGAGCUUCACAAGCAGCCCCGUGGUAAACCACCACCCGACUCCUCAUCUACCGCAACCGGGCCCCAUGCACUACAUCGAUCCGCGGCAGUAUCACCCACCACCGUAUAUUUCUCCCUACCCACAGUAUCAAGAACCGGUUCAUGCGCGACCCUUAGUUUACAUGCCUCAACAUCAACCGCAUACGCCCGCAGCACCUCCACCACCGCCUCCCAAGAUUGUCCACCCUGAGACUAUACCCCAAGAUAUCACAAGCAUCUACGACGAGUACAAGUGGCCGGUCGUGCUAUAUGAGCUUGAACCUGGACAUGGCUUCGAAUUUGCCGAGUCCUUUUUACAAGAUCAGUUUGAGAAAGGAAUCUACCACUCAGACAGCGACAGAUGGGACGCGCAUAUUACAGCAGGCUUCAUCAAGAAUGGAAACAGAAUGUCGCUUCUAGUUUUACACAAUGCUGCGAACCCGUUCCAGUAUGACCCACCGGCCACAACGACUACCAGCAUCGGCGUAUAUGGAAUGUUUGCUCAUGAGCAUAACGAGAUCCAUUGGACGACUGUUGCGCCAUCUGUUCACAAAUGGCUCCGCUUAUCCAUGGAAGCGGAUCUUCUCACGGUCAAACAGAAGUGGUUUCCCAACAUGAAGGCUUCUGACAAGCGGUUCCAUCGCGCGUAUUGGUUGGCUGCCAAUAAACUGCCGCUCAACCGCAUACUGAACCAUAACAUGGCACCCGAGGAGCCGUACGGAGUGUUUGAAGACAACGAGAAGAAUAACUUUGUGAUUACGGAAGAGGACCUGCAGUACGGGUGGGAUGGAGAGAGUGUAUCGGUGGAGAAAUCGGAGAAGAUCUGGCAGAGUAUUGUCGACGAGCUGGAGGGAGUGGACCUGGCGGACGUCGAGCACGUGUCUAUAGGAGGAUCAGAGAGGGCGUUUACGGCGGACUGGUUUAGCAAGUGA